GUGAAUCUGGUCCUGAAUGAAGGGAAAUCCCUGGGGCUCAUGAUCCGAGGAGGGGCAGAGUAUUCCCUGGGCAUCUACAUCACUGGUGUGGAUAAAGGCUCUGAAGCAGAGAGCACUGGCUUAAAGGUUGGAGACCAGAUCCUGGAGGUGAACGGGAGGAGCUUCCUCAGCAUCCCCCAUGACGAGGCCGUGAAGCUGCUCAAGUCUUCCCGGCACCUCAUCAUGACGGUGAAGGACAUCGGGAGGCUGCCCCAUGCCCGCACCACCGUGGAUGAGACAAGGUGGAUAGCGAGCUCCCAGGUGGGGGACACCCUCGUCACCUCAGCAGGGGCAGUGGGUGACCGUGCUGCGGAGGUGACAGCCAGGCCCGUGUUCUAUCGGGGCCUGGCCGGCUCGCAGGUGACACUGAGCACCAUGGUGAACCAGACCCGUGUCAUGCUGGAGGAGCAGGCACGGCACCUCCUCAACGAGCAGGAGCGGGCCACCAUGGGCUACUACCUCGAUGAGUACAAGGAAGGCAACAUCUCCGUGGAUGCGCUGGUCAUGGCGCUCUUCGAGCUACUCAACACACACGCUAAGUUCUCGCUGCUUUCGGACGUGCGCGGCGUCAUCUCCCCACAAGACCUCGACCGCUUCGACAACCUGGUGCUGAAGAGGGAGAUCGAGUGCAUGAAGGCGCGGCAGCCCUCGGGGCCCUCCCUGGCCACCGACUCCUACUCCAUGAUGUCCUACAGCGACACCGUCUCCUCCUCCAGCAGCCACUUCACUGCCACCACCGUCAGCUCAGCCCGGGAGCGGCUCUUGUGGCUCAUAGACCUGAUGGAGAACACGUCGGAGUUGGAGGGAGGUGGAGAUGGCCACCAGAGCAGCAUCAACACCCUGCCGGAUGUCUCCCUGGAUGACCUCUCCUCCUUCCCAGACGAACCACCCAACUUCAAGCCUCCACCUCCUCCUUCAGCCCCGCAGAUGCUUCAGGCCCCCUCCUCUGACCAGCACAGGACCCAAGGGAAGGACAAGCCCAAGCGCCCUUCCUCUGAGUCCUCCCAGUCAGGCCUCUUCUUCAUGGCCCCCCGGCACCCCACGCCCCCCCCCAGUCACCCCGAGAAGGACACGGUCAGCAUCACCUCCACAGCCAGCGCAUCCACCGAGGAGUCAGCCCCAAGCCCCAUCUAUGCCACCAUCUCCCCAGCCCCGCACAGCGCCAGGAGGCAGAUGGAUGCUCAGCUCUCCUUGGUCAGCCAGCAUCACAUCGGGCCCUUCCCCAGGGUCCAGUCCCCAACCAGACUGAAGAGCCUAUCCCCGGAGGGGCCUGCAUCUGGUGGUCUUCAGAGCCCCCCUUCCCCCUCGCCUCCUCCUCCUCCAUCCCACCCGGCACCCCCUCCUCCGGACAAGGGCAGCCCCCAGGCUGUGGCCAACCAGCACUUCAUCAUGGUGGAGGUGCACCAGCCCAACAGCGAGCCUGACGUCAAUGAAGUGAGGCCCCUGCCACAGGCCAGAGCCUCCACGCUGUCGCAGCUCUCGGACAGCGGGCAGACGCUGAGCGAGGACAGUGGGGUGGACAUCGGCGACGUGGAGCUGAGCAGCAGGGACAAGGGCCAGCAGCUCCUCUCUGGGAAGAGCCGAAGCCUUCAGGAGGCCCGGAGCAGUGAUGGGGCAGCAGAAGGAGCCUCCAAGCCGCCAGGGCUGCUGGAGCCCACAUCGUGCCUGAUCCGUGUAUCCAAGAGUGCUCCGACCCUGGGCAUCGCCAUCGAGGGGGGAGCGAACACGCGGCAGCCGCUGCCCCGCAUCGUCACCAUCCAGCGCGGGGGCUCAGCACACAACUGUGGGAAGCUGAAGGUGGGCCACGUCAUCCUGGAGGUGAAUGGCACGGGGCUGCGGGGCAAGGAGCACCGGGAAGCCGCCCGCAUCAUCGCCGAGGCCUUUAAGCUGAAGGAAAAGGACUACAUUGAUUUCUUGGUCACAGAAUUCAACGUCGCCCUUUAGGGAUCCAGGCUUUGGGAUGGGGAGCAUCCCGAAUAGGAGCGGAAGGCAGCGCCGAGGCGGGAAAGCUGCAUUCCCACCCCGCGGAGCCCUCUCCCGCUGCGCCAUCCCGCACGCACAGACACCCCCCAGCUUGUCCCCAAGUGUCCCCUCUCCUGCUGCAGACUCAUGCCUGGGUAGGGCAGGCUGCGAACGGGCAGAAAUCAGUGCACAUCCCAUAAUGUCUCUUGGAUCGGGGUGGG